AUGGGUCUCUUCCACCACCACCACGAUAACCCUCCUCACCACGGCGGCCCUCAAGGCGGUCCCCCUGGCCCUGGCGGUCCAGGCGGCCCCGGUGGCCCUCACGGCGGUCCUCAGGGUGGCCCUGGAGGUCCUGGAGGUCCUGGAGGUCCCGGUGGUCCUCACGGCGGUCCCCAAGGCGGCCCUGGUGGCUUCGGCAGCCCUGGUCCUCAUGAAGGCCCUCACGGCGGUCCCGGUGGUCCCGGUGGCCCCGGUGGCCCUGGUGGCCCUCACGGUGGUCCUCACGGCGGCCCUCCCGGACGCUGUACUUCCGACCACUAUCGAAUCGCAUUUUCUAAGGGCUGAAGCUUGCUUGGACUGUACAUACAUUGUUGGAUUUGAGGCGGGUUGAACAUGUCUUGCAUCAUACACAUUUGCCAUUGAUUGAAUGGCGCAAAUACCCACUACACACAGAAAUCAAAC